GCUGACGAAGCCUGUGAUUAAUGACGCUCCAGCUGUGGAGGUGUCUCCGCUGUAGACCCAGCCUCCCCUGUCUAUCCUUCUCCUCCUCCUCCUCCUCCUCCUCCUGCAGUCCACUUCUCUCUCCAUCUGUUACCAUACAGCUGCAGACAGCUGUGCUCCCGACUGCUCACGUUAUCCUCCCUCCCUCAGGAUACCACUGUUACUUCAUCUCUGCGCCUGGGUGGCACGUUUCUGGAUCCAGUGGACGUUGUUUCGGUGUAAACUUUUCAUCUUUUGUUCCUCCCCGAGCGUUGACUGGGAACUUCCGUACGCUCAGGUGUGCGUUGUGUGUGAGAUUCAGCGGCUAUUUCUUUCUGGAAGCUGCAAGGAGCCGGCACGAUGGACUUACUCGCUUACUUUUGGCUAUUCACCACGACUCUUGUGUUAAUCCAUCAGCAUCAAGCCUCGCCCCUCUCAGCGGAGGAGGGCCCCCCCCACUCCACCCACCGCCGAGAGAAGCGCUGCUCCUGCGAGAACCAGAAAGACAAGGAGUGCAUUUUUUCUGCCACAUCGGUAUCGUCUGGGUCAACGCGCCGAGUAAAGCUAUUGACAUUCUGCAGAUGAAUGAGGAGGGGAGAAACUGA